AUGACAGUAAAAAACAACAAAAUAACUACCGCUUUUGCCUGGUGUUCUACAUCUCGUAAGGACCCUUUUUAUACCAAAGUUGAUCGAAAACGCGAUCAAGGCUUGGUUACUAUUCAAAAGUUUUUACGAGUAUGGUCUAGAAUGGAAUGUCACGAAAAUAGACAAAAUUCAUUUAACGCCGCUCAGAUACUCAAUUUAGAAACCGAUUUUUCCAGCUCUCGAGUAUGGCACCUUUCAGCCCAGAUGCGGAUCAAGAUCCAUACCCAAUUUCCCGAAAAAGCUUUAGGGCCAAGCCUCGAGCGUUCUAGACUCCGCAUUCUAUUCAAAAUCCUUCACGUGGAUAUCCAAAGAAACCGUCCGUUCACCUUAGCAACGCGCCUCGCGUGUUGUUGCAUAUUUUCCGAGUUUCAAAUAAAAACAUGCUCUAGAAUCUCCAGAACACGUCAGGAAACAGAUAACUGUCACCCGUCCUAG